AUGACGGGGCUUGGGCGGGAGUGGGCGCAGGGGAUGGUGGGUACGGCCAUUACUCUGGAGGCUGUCGACGAGGUACUUGAGGCAAAUCACCGACUUCAGGCUGAGUUGCAGCAGAAGUGUCGGCAGCUGCGUGAGGCGCAAGGGCGCAUCGCAGCUCUUCGAUUGGCAUUAUGUAACCCGAUGCAUGUUUCCAAAGUAACGAGGCGUGUAGUCGUGAAACGUGACAGGGUUAACACUGCGGCGGGGACGGCAUAUUUUGAUGCUUACCUUUGCUCUACGAAAGAAUGUCCUCCGUUUCGUGUCGCCGGAUUUUAUGCUGAAGGUGGCUGUCUGCGGCAUGUGGCACUCCCACUGACCUCGGAUGAGGUGCGGUGGAACGAGGCUAAGGCAGCAUUUCCUCAGCCAUUCCCUCAUCUUUUCUUGACGGCAAAACAGGACGCAUCACACGAUAAAACAACGGAACGGGAGUGGAGUAAAGAGGAAGACAAUGCACUCAUAGCUGCUGUCCGUAGUUAUACAGGAAACCCAUGUGGUGCAAAAUUUUGGAAGGCUUUAGCCGUACCUGGAUGUUCACGAUUUGAAAUCGCCAGCAGGUACGUUGCACUGAAAGGUGUCAGGAGUAUAAAUUUCGUGGCACCAUAUCAGGCCGCUUUUCAGCUGAGCGACGAAGAAAGGACUACUGCACUGAAGGAGGCUGUUCGGAACCAUAUAGGAGAUAUUGGAGCCAUCUUUGCUGCGUUCUCGGAGAUUCUUGCGGCUGCCGCCCGGCGUCGUGCAUACCUGGCGGAAGUAGCUGGAGAGGCGGUCAAUCCGUUCCCUCCAUAUGUAUGGGAGCCUCGUCACAAUUUUCGGCGAUUAGCUGAGCCCAUUCUGCAGGAGACAAGCCUCUCUCUUGGGCGCCCUGCCUUUCAGGGUGGGCGUGGUACAACGCUGUCGCCGCGCGACGAGGAACAUAGGCACGCGGCGCCAUCCCUUGUUGAUUGCACGGCUUGCCUUUUGGCGUUUAAGGCGAAACUUUUUGGAAAGAGCAGCAUGUUGUGGGAAGUCGUACGAAUUUUCUUGCCGGAGUGCGGGAGCGAUUUGCCAAGUGGGUGGCACAAAAUGCAGCUGCCUGUGCUGGAGGAGAUUUUACAAAGACAAAACAGCAAAGAUAAUAAUAAUAAAACAGUAGAACGUGCGGAGUGUGGGUAUGUUUUUCUAUGA